AUGAUGCAUGUCCAAUUAUCUUAGAUUUAACGUUUACUAUUGCAACCAUAAUUAUCAUUUAAAUUAGCAUCAUCAAUGGUAUCUCCAGAAGCAUUUGAAUGUUACAAAAUAUACUAGAAUCUAAUCAAAAGAAAAUAAUUACAGCUUAAAGAUGCUAUAAAAUUUGAAUAUGUUUAAUUAUGUGAGGGAAAUUAAUAAAACAUUUUAUCAGAAGAUGAUAGUAACAUAGGAGAAGUUAAUGAUAAACCAGGUUUGAAAGCCAGAAUACAAUAAACCAAUGAAUAGUAAAAUAUUAACUUAUUUUAAUAUAGAGAUGCCAAAUAUGAUAUGUUAAAUAUCAAUUAACUAAUUCCCCUUUAAAAUCACCAGCUCUGUAUAUAUCUAAAAUAAAAUGAAAGAAGUUUAAAAUAAAGAUUAAUAAAUGAUUAUGAGAACUCCUGUAUUAAACUACUAAUAGAGUAUCUUAACAUGAAUUAAUUUGUUACACCAAGUGCGUCAUUCAAAAAACUCUAAUAAAAGGAAAUACUUUAUUAAACCAUAUUUAAUAAGCAGCCCUUACUGGUAAUGUUUUAUUAAAAUAUACCUAAAAACCGCAGUAACAAUAACCUAAAGACAAUGAAGAUUAAAAAAUAGAAUAAUCUAAUGUUGCCAAACGAGUUAAAGCUGCUCUUAGCAAAUAUGUUUGA